GGCUCACUUUGUUUGCUGGCUGUCCUCCCAGCUCCCGGUUGCAUCAUGCCUGGGAACUUCGCUCCAAUGAGGGAGUCGCUUUGUGCUUUACGGAGGGAGGGAAGGAGUGGGGGAGACACUCUCUGAUCGUCUGCAGAGCAGUGCUGAAUCCGACCAAGUGGACGGGAAUUCAAACAGGACUCCGGGGGAGCGGGACUCAUUACCUGAGUAGAGAGAGAGAGAGAGAGAGAGAGAGAAAGAGGAUUUCCCCUGGGACAGCACACUCACACACACACACACACACACUGCCUGCUUUUUAAAAUUUAUUUAUUUUUGCCCUAUUGGCAGGUAGAACGUGCAGGGGACACCCUGUGUUCGUGUUUGCUUUUGUUUUUGUGUGUGAGCAAAAGAGCCGCGCAGUUUUGUCCUUCCUGAGGUCGGGACGGGUUGGAGCCCCGCGCAGCGGCGAUGGAACGCGUUCCCACCGGGAAGUGCCUCACGGAGCCGUGCGGGGCGCGCACACCCGGCUUGUUGUAGCGUUUUCUGGAUCGAUCCGCUCAGCUUCUGUUCAGUGAUUUUUUUUUUACUGUACAGGAGUAAAAGGGAGGCCGGGAUGCCCGUGAGGAACAGGUACAACCUGGUGGACGAUGUGGCGGACUCUCGGCUGCCGCUGCACAACGAGGAGGCUUACCAGCACGGGAUUUACUUCCAAGCCAAGUAUGUGGGGAGUCUUGACGUGCCCAGGCCCAACAGUCGGAUGGAGAUUGUAGCAGCCAUGAGGAGAAUCAGGUACGAAUUCAAAGCCAAGAACAUCAAGAAGAAGAAGGUCAGCAUUGUGGUGUCUGUGGACGGAGUCAAGGUGGCACUGAGGAAAAAGCAGAAGAGAAAAGAAUGGACAUGGGAUGAGAACAAGAUGCUGAUCAUGCAUGAUCCAAUAUACAGGAUUUUCUACGUAUCGCAUGACUCCCAGGACUUGAAGAUCUUCAGCUACAUUGCAAGAGACGGCUCCAGUAAUUCAUUCAGAUGUAAUGUCUUCAAAUCUAAAAAGAAGACUCAGGCCAUGCGUAUUGUGCGAACUGUGGGUCAGGCGUUUGAGGUUUGCCAUAAGCUGAGUUUGCAGCACGUCGAGCAGGAGCAGUACGCCGACGGACAGGCGGACGGCGAUAGCGACAAGUCGACGGAAGAGCCCAGCAGCCACGCUCGUAAACUCACAGGAAGUGAGCGGGAUGAAGAGGACGAGGAUACAGAUGAAAGAGGGCAAAGAGGAGGAGGAGAAGGAGAUCCUUCGAUUGACGGUUUGCUGUGCGAGAAGGCAGUCGGUGAGAUCCUGCAGAGCCUGGCUGAACUCAACGUGGUCAAACCAGGCCAGACAAUCAUGGACAUCGACAGACGGUCCGUCUUCACUGUGACGUCUCAAGGCAUCACUCCCAGCAGCCCUUGCUCUUCGUCUCUCACUCCACUGGCUUCUCAGCACUACCUGCAGCUCCUUCAGCAGCAGCUGCAGCAGCAACAGCAGCACACUCAGGUGGCCAUUGCGCAGGUGCAGCUGCUGAAGGACCAGGUGGCAGCAGAGACUGCAGCUCGCAUGGAGGCCCAGGCCCGCAUCCACCAGCUGCUGCUGCAGAACAGGGACCUGCUGCAGCACCUGGCGCUGCUCGUGCAGCAGCUGAAAGAGAUGGAGGGCCGCUCCCCGACGAGAGCGCAAGGAGAGCCGUCGCGACAGGACACUCAGGCUAACGGACACGAUGCUCCACAGACGGCUCAAAGUUCGCAAUUGUCAUCAGCGAAAUCAUUAUCCCUGAAUCUGAAGAAUCAGUACAAUCAGAACCUGGAGCAGCUCAUCUCCUCCACGGCCGCGUGGCCCCUCUCCCCAAACCAGGUGGACUGCGCAGAGUCCUUCCUGAACCUGCUGAACCUGGAGAACAGCAGUAAACCAGCAGCCUCGUUUGCUGAGCGGGACCCCUUCAUCAGAGCCACUGGCACAGCAGAUAACAAGGAGAGCUCCAACAGCGAGAUUGUCCAGUUCUCAUCUAGAAACUCUGCCAACCUGGACGAAAAGUAUAAACAGAUAAUACCCAAACUUGACCCUCCUCCACCUUCCACAAACCGCAAGCGAUCCAGCAGGACGUUCUCUCCGGGGUCAGAGGUCCCAGCUGUGCCCACGCCGGCGGCCCCUAGCCGCAGCAGCAGCCUCUCUUUCCCGGACAUCACCCCCAGCUCCCUGUCGUCCACCGAUUUCCACUCGCUCAGCAACGGCGACAGCAGCUCCUCCUCGUCUUCGGCCAGCGAGGACUCGGGCGUCCGCUUCGAGACCAAGUCCCUGCUGUCGCCCCUUCGCGACGACGAUGACCUUUUUGCCGACCGCGGGGCAUUUUUGAUAGCGUCCAGCAGCUGCGGAAGCCCCCUGGAGCAGCACGGCGGGGCGGUCGCUUCGUCCUCUGAUUCGUCGACCACGGAGUCGAACACCAUGGCCUCGCGUUCUGACAGCUGUGAUCAGCCGCUGUGCUUUUCAUCUCCUAUGAACGACACCUGCCUUCAUAUCAGUUUUUCGGAGGAUGAGCUUCUGGAGAGCAGCCAGGAGGACACCAAUACGACCCAGCGGAGUUAGGAUGACUUAAAUGUUAUUCAGUCGACAUAAAAAAAAUAAAAAAUCCAGGACUUGCUUUCAGACCCAACUAUGUUUGCACAGGGCAUCAAUUUCAGGAUCUUAAGUCGUUCCACUCACCUGUGACACAGUGCACGUGUUGCUAAAACGCUUGCUAUUGUAUCAGUAAUUAGGCAAUGAAUAGAUUUAGUAUUUUUGUAAUGAAAUUUCUGAUCUAAUUUACUUUUUAGGGCCUAGAAUGUUAAGCAGAGUACAUGUAGCAAUAUAUUGCACUGUCGAAGUCGUACUGAAUUCACUGUAGAAUUCAACACUAACAAAGGAAACACAUUUUAUUUUUGGUAGCCGUCGACGUGGAGCUGUUAUUUUGUACGAUGUUUCACCUUGGUGCAAAUAAGUGGAAAAGGACGAUCAUUUGUAAAAUUCACAGUUAAGACAAGAGCAGGGGACGGAGGUGAUGUUGGGAAAAAGUUUCAUCUCCUCAAAUGCACCUGAUAGGAUGACGGACGGUAAGAAAAGAAUUAGGAAGUCAGUGAUUGGACAGAGGAGAGAUAAAAGUCAGUCAGUUUAGUUGUUAUGGUUGUUCUUGGGGCUAUGGUUAGGCUCACAUUCACGGUUUCUUUUUUUUGUCAAGAGCAAGUGGGAUUUGGUUAUGUCGAGUCUAGAUAUACGCUGGUAUCAAACGUUCAUGGUAGAGUAAAAUACCACAGUAUCGUGAUAUUGAAAACAAAAAGGCAGAACUUGAUCUGAAUGGUUUUAUGUAAACCUAAGUGCAAAUACUAGGAGUGUAGCAAUACAUGCAAGUCUUAAAAGGAGACAACAUGCCAAUAUCAAAACUACGAAAAACAAACAUUUCCAUUUUUAUGUCGUCACAAGCAGCAGUGAUUUCAUAAACAAUCAAAAAUCAUCAUGAAAAUGGUUGUUAAAUUGUGAAUUUAAAAUAAUAAAUCUGAAACAUGA